AUGAAACGGCUUCGGGAUGACGAUUGGCAGGCUCCUUGGGGAGCACUUCCUCAGGAAUUGGUGCAGGACGUCUUCUCCUUCCUAUUCACACAUGACCUCGCCUCCGCGUCCAUGUCCUGCCGCGCCUGGCGCACUGCCGCCUGCGCGAUGGUGACUCACCUAACGCUACCGCUUAACCACCCCAUGCUGAUUGCGGGUCCCGCGCCUGGUUGGGCCGAGCUCGUAGCCAACAUGGUCAGACAGCAAGGCGCGCAGCAGCGGCACAAGGCCGGCGAGCAGCUCCCUUACUCGACCGCGGCCGUCUCAUCCCAUGGGAUGACCCCCACACGGCCCGUCAGCGGCGCGGACAGCUGGCCUCGGCUCGGGGAGGUGACGGCGAUAGCGGGCCCGAGCUCCUCCGCCAGCCCCAGCACCCCACCGAGCUCCACGGCGGAAGGCCACCGCGCUCCGCACACCAUCGACGCGUCCCCACUAGCCGCUACGCCGCGGCGCGGCACGCCGCUGCCGCGCUUGCGCACCGACUUUCCCAGAGUGACCCACAUCACGCUGAUUCACAAUGCCAUGCUGCAUAGGGCCCAGGUGCAUGCCGCCAUGUCCACGCUGCGGGCGCUGUGGCCCACUCUGAGGGGCAUGUCCGUUCACGACAGCGUCACUUGGGACCUGCCACUCGACUAUUCCGCCCUGGGAGUGAUGACCCACAUCACAUCUCUGGAGCUACUCUUCCAGGGUCAGGGUGGCAUGGACGAGGCGGGGCAGCCCCUGUACCGCGCCUCCAUGCCGCAUCUGUGCAAACUCGGUCACCUAAAGGAGCUCUGCAUGAAGUGGAUCAUUGGCUACGACGUGGACUCGUUUCUGGAUUUUAACGAGGUGUACGACCUGCUGGCGUCCCUUGUACGACAUAACCAGCUCCGGAGCCUGCAGUUUGGCGGUGAGAACAUCAACGCGGAAGGCGCGCGGCACCUGGCCAGCAUAACCACCUUGGAGACGCUUAACCUGGUGUGCGACGCGCGCCCUGCCUCUCCGCUGCACCUGCUGGACCUGCUCACCAUGCCGCGACUGACCCGCCUGGAGCUGAUGCACGUGUGCCCGGACCACGCCUGGAACGCGGCGGGCGAGGGACGGGACCCGCUGCAGGAGCUGUCCCGGAGGGCAGCACUCCUCGCCGCCAGUCCACUGCGCUACCUGGCGCUAAGCCUCUCCCCGGGGUGUCAGGCGCUGGUCUCCCGCGCGCUUCCGCUGCUGCCGCACCUGCACUCCCUUUCUACGGCGGAGCUCGGAGCGGACCUCAUCGCGUGCAUCGGGUCGCUGACGGGGCUGACGUCGCUGCAGCUGCCCCGCGGGCUGCCGUCGGGGGAGGUGACGGUGUACGACACGGCGGCGGCUGCAGCUGCGGCGGGCGCCGCCGCUGCCGCGCCGCCGCUGGCGGCAAGCAAGUACGUCAUGUCACAUCUGUCUUCGCUGGGUCGCCUGACGUGUCUGCGGCGGCUGAUGAUACAGAUGGACAGUCCCGCUGACACAGCAGCCGCUUUUGUGGAUGGCAGUCUGGUUUCGGUGCUGACGGGGCUGCCUCACCUGGAGUCCUUGCAUCUGUCCACAUGGAACCUUCUAGGGGCGGAUCCCACGGAGGAGGCUCUGGGUGCGUUUCCAGAGCGCCUGCCGCUGCUAGACUCACCGUCGCCGUCGCCGUCGCAGCCCACCCACACCCAUCACCUGUUCCACCGCCAGCACUUGCAAUCCUCUCACCAACAACCACAAUCCCAGCAGCAGCAGCAACAGCUGCGGUUGCCGCAUCCACAUCUCCAGGCCGGGGCUAACGGUGAGGCAGCGGCGUCAGAGCUUGGGAAUCAGAGCCACGGUCAAGGUCAAGGGGCAGCGGGAGCGGCGGCGACGGAGGCCGCGCUGGAGCCUGCAGGGCCAAUAGGGCCUGCCGCAAGGGUUGAUGACGGCAGCAGCAGCGGCAACGCCGGCGGCAGCAGCAGCGAAGACCGCAAGGCUGCCCUUUUGGAGCCGCGGCGCUCGCACCGGCAGGCGGUGCCCUGCCUGCCUGAGUUGCCGACUUGGGCCUGGUCAGGGCUGCGCUCCUUGAGCCUCACGCACUGGCCUUGCGUGUAUGGCAAGCUGCGGGAGGCUGGGCCGCCGCAGCCGGGGCGCUGCUACGCCGUGCGGUGGGACGACCUGCCCAGGUCCCUGGAGGCAUUGCUGCUGGUGCGGUGCCAGUUGGUGGGCACCCGGCCACCCGCCCGUCUGCGCCAUAUGUGGCUGGCGGAUUGCUUGAGCGUGGACAUCUCCAUUCCUAAGGUUCUGGGGCAGCUUCCGGAGCUGGAGACGCUAGUGCUGCGCUGGCCCUGCGCCCCGGAGGAGCCGGAGGUGCCAUCGGAGGCGUCGGCACGCUCCCGGGCGCAGCUGGUGGCGGCGGUCACCUCGCUUAAGGGCCUGCGGACUCUGGGCCUUGGCGGCAUCCGCUGCCAGGAUAUACCCUCCCUGGCGCCUCUCUCACUUGUACGGCACCUAAUGCUGGAGCCCGUACAGCCGCCGCGGCCCGCGCAUGACGCGCCAGCCUCACAGCGUGACCUCACUCUUCUGGACCAGCUAAUGGCGUUGCCGCUGAGAGCACUCGCCGGGCUGAGGACACUGUGGUUGCCUAAUUGGGCAAUGCCCAUCAAGCAGCUGCUACAAUGGCAACAAAUGCUGCAGGCUGCCAUGCCGUUGGUCGUACUUCGCGUGACGGAGUACGAUGUCGUGUGGACUGUGCCCACGCCGGUCAUGCAUGUCGCCCAAGUGGAGGCACCGUCAUCGCUGGCGGGACGCCAGGGCAGCGCCCGCGCCGCUGUCGCCGGCGGCGCUGCCACUCAGAGCGGGGUUCGGCAGCCUGGUUGGGGCAGCAGCGAGCGGAGUCCGCUCCACGCGGGCAGAGGUCUGGACGGGCAAGAACUGGAGUGGUGGCACAUCGGCUGCUGGUCGGUGCAAUGA